AUGUUGAGAUUACUAACUCGCCAACUAUUCCGUAAAAGUCAUGGCUUGUUAAGCGUUACGACUAGGUUAAGUUCUGUUGCGCUGAAUGUCCAACAAAAUGAUGAAUUUUUAACCGUGCAUUGGAACGAUGGAAAGGUGGACGAAUUUCCUCAUUUUUAUCUUCGAGAGAACUGUAGCUGUCCAAAGUGUUUUCAACCUUUAAAAAAUGCCAGAAAUAUGUUCGCACCGAAAGAAUUAGACUUUAAUGUAACUGCGAAAACAGCGAAGUUAGAUUCCAAUCAUUUAAAUGUUAAAUGGACAGACGGGCACACAAGCAUCUAUUCGCUGGAAAGUUUAAAAUCAUUAAGAUACGAACCAGCAGGUGAUAGUCCUGACGUACUGACAGAGAAUAUGCAACUGUGGAACGACAAAGCAUCAUUUGAUAAUGGUACUCUGCCAGUGUUCGACUUCCAUGAACUACUGGUAGACGACAAAUUACUUUAUAAAUGGCUCGUUGCUCUGGCGUUUGAAACAGGAAUUGCAAAAUUAGAAAAUAUUCCACAGGAAAGACAACAGUUGAGCAGAUUGGGUGAAAGAGCUGGAUAUCUUUUGUCAACAAACUAUGGCAUUUGUUACGACAUUAAAGCCUACAGUCAGGAUGUAGCACGUGACACUGGUUAUACAACAACAGAUCUAUCAAUGCAUUCAGAUUAUGUUUUUACUUCUUCACCACCAGCUAUCGCAAUGUUCCACUGUUUGCUCCAAACAGAAUCAAAAGGUGGUGUUAAUCAGUGGAUUGAUGGUUUUGACGCUGCUCACAGACUCUACAAAGAAGAUCCAGAAUCGUUUCAUAUUCUCACGAAAACAGCGGUUGCUUACCGCAAUAUCACUAAAACAGAAGUUGGGGAGUUCCAUAAUACUUCCAGGCAAAAUCUUAUAAGGUUUGAAAAAUUAUACAAAUGUCGUGAAUGUUAG